GUUGGUCGUGGAUAUUUGCUGAAGGAGGUGAAGCAGUCUCGAAACUAGUAAAAAUGAAAACUAUUGAUGUUUCAAUAGUUUUAGCAGGAAUUUUGUUAUGUACCUCGGUGUACGGGGAUGACGUCAAUUUCCUGCUGAAUUCCAACAGUUUCCCUGAGCGGUCGUCUGUGCCAACCCUAUCAAAUGGAAACCUCGGCUUUGUGGUCAACAGCGACAGUGUUUAUCUCACCGGUGUGUACAAUGGUUAUCGAUCCCAGAGCCAUCGAGCACGCAUACCAAACUAUGCAAACCUACAGCUAGCUUUCUGUCGGAAUCCCGAGACCGACCCACCACACUGUUCCUAUCAGCUGGAUAUGAAAUUCGGGCGCUUCCGAACCGUGUAUAAUGAUCCAGGCAGAAAUUUCCGACUGGUCCAUGACGUAUAUCCACAUCGAUAUUUCACCCAUGCAAUCGUUAAUCGAUUCCGUAUUCAGCGACUGAGUGCUGUAGGCAAUAUACGGGCUACAAUAGUGAGUAAUCCUGGAAAUCCAUCGGUGGAUAUUGCCUUUAGCGCACCCGAGAAAGUUUUAGUCAGAAACGAAAUAUAUAAUUAUCAAUGUGGUCGUACGAAGGAAGUUGAAGACCCCGACCUCCAGCUUGAGGGAACCAAUGUAUGUGUUUACUACUUGGACUAUCCAGCGACGAUCGAACUGAUCGGUGAUGAUCGCACUGCUCAGGACUUCUUCUUCUUCACCGUUUUCGCCCGGAGCAAACAACAAGCGGAGCAAGAUCUUCAGUUUUUGACGAUGGGAAACUCAGACGCGUCCCACACGAGUCGUAUGGAUGCGGCGUGGUCUGCUUACGGUAUAAGCGUUAGCGGAAACGAUGCACUGGAUCGUGUCAUCAAGGCGAGUGCGUUCCAAUUGCUCAGUAACGUUCCUUCGGUGUACACCAAUCAACGUCAUGUCUCAUUUGGAAUAUCUCCAUCUGGAAUUGGGCGGGGUGGAACAGUAGGGGAAGACUUCCAGGGACACAAUCUCUGGGAUAUGGAUCUAUGGAUGUACCCGGUGAUUCUGUUGCUGGAUCCGAAAAAUGCUCGUGAUUUGCUACAGUACAGAGGGACGUUUACCAAGAGUGCACUAGCUGGCAAUGCCGCAGGAAACGGAUUCGAGGGAUGGCAAUAUCCGUGGAGUUCGGCGUUUACUGGUCGGGAGGUUUCGUCUUCCGCAGAGGCACCCGAGUUCAAUCACCACGUCACUGCAGAUAUUGCAUUCGCAGCCCGCCAAUACCUACUAGCAACUGAUGAUCUGUCAUGGAUGGAACAUGAAGGUUGUGAACUCGCCUACGAAACCGCUCGGUUCUGGGCAAAUCGAAGUGUUUACAAUUCUGAAACCGAUAAAUUUGACAUUCUUUCGGUAACCGGUCCAGAUGAAAUUAAUCGCAACGUGGAUAAUAACGUGUUCACAAACGUGGUCGCUGCCUACAAUCUACUUUUCGGGGGGUUUGCCGGCUGUUUGUGUAGAAAUUCACUUGGACUUCGAAAUAACGAAUGGAAUGAACUGACACGAGUCGCCAAGAGUUUGCUGCUAUUGCAUAACGAAACGGAAGACUUCCAUCCGCAGUUUGAUGGUUAUGAGACAGGAACUAGUAUUGGCCAAGCCGAUGCGGUGUUGCUAGGGUAUCCUCUAGAAUUGUCGAUGAAAAACUCGACGAAGCGUCGAAAUCUAGAGAUCUAUGGAGAUGCUGUACUGAGCAAUACUUCGGCUAUGACAUGGCCAAUGCAUACGAUCGGCUGGCUGGACCUAGACGAAACGGAUCGAGCUGGCUCAGCUUUCAAUAAAAGCUACUGGUCAUACGUUCGACCACCGUCCAAUGUUUGGAAGGAACGACCUGUCGAAUUUUCAGGUGCUUCAAAUUUCGUUACAGGCGCUGCCGGAUUCCUGCAGGCCAUAAUCAACGGCUAUGCGGGGGUUCGUCUUCACAACGAACAACUCGUAAUUGACAACCCGAGACUCCCUCCAUCGACUACACAUCUGCAUAUUCCGCAGUUGAACUAUAUGGAUAUGAAAUUUUCACUUCUCAUAUAUCCCGAAGUGUUCACGAUUAUAAUAAACACAAUGCCUAGUAGAAAUCUGACAUUGAUUGUGGAUGGUACGGUACGAGAAAUAAGCCAAGAUCUGCACGUUCAUGGGCUGAAGCACGCCCGAUUCGAACUAACGCGAGCGGUGCGCAUCAAAAAUGGCUGCAAGUUACCGCCAUUAACGAUGAACAUGAGAUUAGCCGAUCAAAACGGAGGAAUAAUCAAUAAACAAAACUCGCUGCUCCUGGCUGUUUUGCUGGCUGGAAUGAUGCUGAGAAACAUGAUAUAAAAUUGGUGGAGAAGUGAUUCUGCGAAAAAGUGUUAUAAACCAUUUUGUUAAUAGUUGUUGUGUUUCGAACCGGAAUUGAGGGGCUUAGAAUGAAAGGGGUGUAAGUGAUUUGAUCGAUUUCUCUACAUCGACUCUCUCUUUGGUCAUAACUUAGCUGCAAAUACUUUCCCAGCUGUAUUUACCAACGUGGAAAAUAGGUCAGAACCUCAUCUAUCGGAUUCUAUAGCAAACUUAAAUUGGAACGUUUCUACAGUUGAGUUAUUAACUAAUUCAAAAGUUGACGAAGAGAAAUCGAUCAAGUCCAAGCAAACCAUUUAUCAUGACAAUGUCAUGCGAAAAUGCGAAAACAGAAUAGAAACUGAGAGAGGUUGGCGUCGACAUCAUGCCUCAUACCGUAUGAGUCAUACCGUAUGAGCGCCAACCUUCCUCAGUUUCUAUUCUGUUUUCGCAUUUUCGCAUGACAUUGUCAUGACAAAUGGUUUGCUUGAUCAAGUCACUUAUACCCCUUGCAUUCUGAGCCCCUCAAUUGAUAAAUACUUGGUAAUUGCAAAAUGUCUGAAUUUUUUCUGCUUUCACUAAACAAAACAUAUACUUGCCAACAGUGCCGAAAAUAUUCACGUUCACGGCAUUCAAAUACGGCGAAUUUCAGCCUGCUUUGUAUUGACAACCUACUGCUCAAGCGAGAGUCGAUAAAUAUGGAACAACCAGCCGUAUGGCACCCGCCAUGUUUUUGGUGCCAACAUCUCACACGUCAGAAGUAUUUGUUUUCUUCAAAACAGCGAUCCGCGUUGACGGCAGUGAGCUUCGUUUACUAGUUUAGGGGAGCGUCAAAGAACAGCUGAUUUUCAGACGGAGUGAACGUUUUCAAAAUUAAAGUUAUGAAUGAAAAUUAGCUUUUCCAUAUCAAAUUAGUAUUCUGUUUAAAUUGAAAACAUUUUUGUUUGCAGGUGGGGAAAAAGUCUCAUACGAAAAUUGUUUAUGAAGACAAUUUUAUAUUAUAGAGAAAAAAAUCAGCAACAAUGUUGGAAUUGUAUGACCAUAUGGAUAAAUGAAAGUCAGAAAUACGUGUUUCUAAUAAUUAAAUAACAUAAUGUGAAAAUUUUCAUUCAAAUUUUCAAAUUUGAAAACCGGCUCCGUGUCUUCUAAUCUGGUAGAGAUUACACUAACGAUUUUGGGACCCAAAUUAUGGCUCUAACUUGAAGUCGCCACCAGACGUCGACGUCAUCGCGAAUUACCAAUUUACCACCAUCUGACAUAUCGUGAUGUCGAUGAUGAACUUUUACAGCAGAGGGAUAGUGUGAUAGGCGGUGACGGUAGGUAGAGUGAGAUAGCGAUAAUCGUGUCAUGCACCUGGGAACAACACUAUCAAUGAACACCAGUGUAAUGAACAUCAACAUCAGCUUGACAUAAAGUUCAUUUUUCAUUUGCAUAUUCAUUUUCGCCAUGAUAUUCGUAUCGUCGAAAUUGAAUAUCGUUGCGCGUUAGUGAAAAUCGAAGCGUAAAAUGCAACGCCAACCAAUUGAUAGUGAAAUCAAUUAAUGGUAAAGGAUAGCCAUUUAUUAUAAAAAGACGGGUGGGUAAUGUCGGGGACAUAACCGGAGUGACGUAAGACUAUACAA